CUAAAUCAUUAAUACACAUUUGAAGCAAAAUUAAACGGAAUUCUUACUGACCUUCAAAAUGGUUUUAAGUACUAGUUAGAUCAAAGCAUGCAAAUAGUGUUUUGCAGUGACAAUGAACAAAAGCCAUUCGAGGACGUCAUGGGAAAACGAAAUAAACGAUAUCAGUGUUCUGCUUGGUUCAGUCAUAUCAAGGCGCGAGAUGCUUGAACAAUCACAAAAUGCUGCUAAAAUUUUAUUUCCUUCAUGUUGGUUAGCUGAAUUGGUCAUAUCGAAUAGACAUCAACCAUCGGUAAACUGUCCACUGGAAGUGCUUAUUCGUGAAAUCAGAAGUUCAAGUAAUCAGGAGAUUGAUGUUAAAGAAGUCACGACAAGUUUCGUUACCCAAUUAGCAUCUGUUAGCAAAAAUCAAAAUAUUGUCAACUUUCAUCCGCUGAAUAACAAACAACACAUGAUCUCUUUCGAGUUAAAUAAAGACGACAGAACUGGUGAGAAUGUUGCUCAUUUUGUGAUGAUUCUGGAAUCCCUACCACAUGUUCACCUUCACAAGGCUCAACUGCUUAAAAGUCAGCUUUCUUCUACAUUAAAUAGAAUUAUUCGUUUGGAACAAAUGAAUGAAUUCUCAUCGACCUCACUACUUAUUAAACAAAGAUAUCCAUGUUGCAGUCAGGGUACAGAAGCUUCAACAUGGAUAAGUCGUGAAGAUAAUAUAUUGAUUCUUAAGCUAUGUGAAUCACUUUGGGAUACAGAAACCAAUCGUUUACAACAUAAAGUUCUUAAAUAUUUAAUGGAGCGUACAAAUUCAGAAAAUGGUUUCAUUGUAAUGCGAAAUAUUGAUACUUCGGAGUUAGUAUGUUACUGUACUGCUAAUGAGAUAUUUGAUGAAUCCAUAUAUAUUGAGAAUGACAGUUUUUUCAACGAAAUAAUGCUAUCCGGAAAAACGUUUAAAGCAACACAUCUAACUGCAGAACAAGAACAUACAUUAUUAUCUGUUCUGUCGAUUCAUAAUUUAUGUCUGAACAAUGAACAAUGCAUAACUAAUCAACAUUCGGAUAUUCACAUUCAUUCAGUUUUGUGCAGUCCAGUGUUUACUCGUUCCAGUGACCGACCUAUUGCAGUUGUUUGUUUGAUCAACAAAAGAAAUUCUCACUUUACAAAAUCAGACGAGCAUGUCAUAGAAGAAUGCUUUCGUUUUGUUGCACCCAUUCUCUUAAGCUCAUUGGCAUAUCAAAACGAACGAUAUAUUAGAGAUAGAACUGAAGAUAUGCUUAAAGUAGCGAGGAAUAUUUUCACCCACAUGAUGGAUUUAACGAAUCUCUUAUUGAAAAUAAUGCAAGAAGCUCAAAAUUUAACAAAAGCUGAAAGAUGCUCAGUUUUCUUGCUUGAUUCAGAAACUAAUGUAUUAGUUGCAAAAGUAUUGGAUGGAUUACCAACAGCUCCGAACAAAAAUACACUUUUUACCACAGCAGAUGGCAAAACUGUUACAUUACCAGAAGAAAUUCGGUUAAGUUUAAACCAAGGCAUCGCUGGACAUGUAGCUACAACCGGUGAAUUGUUAAACAUAAAAGAUGCCUAUGCUCAUCCACUUUUUUAUCGUGGUGUUGAUAAAGAAACUGGGUUUCGUACACGAAACAUAUUGUGUUUUCCAAUAAAAAAUGAAAAAGAUGGUAUUGUCGGAGUCGCACAAUUAUGUAACAAAAUCAAUCAUCCAUUUUUUACAAAAGCUGAUGAAGAUGUAGCCAAAACAUUUUCAAUUUACUGUUGUAUAAGUAUAGUCCAUUCAUUAAUGUAUAAAAAUGUUCAAGAUGCACAACAUCGUACUAAAUUGGCAAAUGAGCUUAUGAUGUAUCAUAUGAAAGUGGAUGAAGACAAAAAAAAUUGGUUAUCUACUUGUGAAAUUAAAGAUAUCAAUUCAUUCUUACCGAAUGCCAACUCUUUUGAAUCUUUACCAAGAAAUAUUCAGCUGGAAAAUGAAACUUAUCUUUGCACAUUAAGCAUGUUUCAUAAUUUGAAUUUAAUCAAUCGUUGGCGUAUUUCACGGCGAACAUUAGCUCAAUUCAUUUUGAUGGUACGUCGUGGCUAUCGUACUCCAGCGUAUCAUAAUUGGAUGCAUGCAUUUUCUGUGGCACAUUUUAUUUAUGUUUGUAUCAAAAAUUUGCCAUUAGCUAAUAAUCAAUUGGAUGAUAUUGAAAUAUUGGCAUUGUUUGUCGCGUCAUUAUGUCAUGAUAUUGAUCAUCGUGGAACAAACAACAGUUUUCAGGUACAAUCUAAAUCUGUAUUGGCUGCAUUAUAUAGUUCAGAAGGUUCCGUUUUGGAAAGGCAUCAUUUUUCUCAGACUAUUUGUGUAUUAAAUACAGAUGGAUGUAAUGUUUUUGAAAAUGUUUCAAAAGAGGAUUAUGGUCAGUUGUUGGAUCAUAUUCGUGACAUAAUUUUAGCAACUGAUUUGUCACAUCAUCUCAGGAUAAUGUCGAAAUUGGAAGAAUUAUCUCAUCGAGGAUAUGAUAAAACUAAAGCAGAAGAUCAUUAUCUUCUUUUAUGUCUCUUAAUGACUUCAGCUGACUUGAGUGAUCAAACCAAAACCUGGAACAAUACAGUUUAUGUCGCGAAAUUGAUUUAUGAAGAAUUUUUUCAACAAGGUGAUAUGGAAAAAUCAUUAGGACACAAUCCAGUUGAUAGUAUGGAUAGAGAACGAGCAUGUGUUCCACAUUUACAAAUUUCUUUCUUGGAUUACAUAAUUACACCACUGUACAAGGUGCUGAACAAUUUAUAUCCACAAUGUUCAAGUAUAUUAGAUACUAUAGAGAAAAAUCGUGACAACUGGAAGAUAAUUUUGGAACUUGUUGAAAAAGGCAAUAUUAAAGGGAAUGGUUCAGAGAUAUUCAAUCAUAAUCUGAUUGAAAUACUAACUGAACUACAAACAAAAUCAUUGGUCAAAUCUCCGAAAUCAAUCUCUUUAUCACCACCAUCCAUUGUACAACCAAUUUCAUCAUCUCUGUCAUCCUCCUCAUCAUUAUCAUCAUCAUCAAAACCAGAUUUAUAAAGAAAACAAAAAAAAAAUUAGCUAUUUUAUGUGAUGAAAAUAAUUUUAAUUUGAAAAAUUAAAAACAAAACAAAAACUAUUUCUCACUUUAUUUCUUUCUUUGUGCAGAUUAUCAACAACAAACAAAACAUCAUUUCAUUAUUUAAUUUGAUAAACAUGUUGUUUAUUCGAGCAUAGGUGUACAUAAAAAUCAAUUGAUUGCGAAUAGAAUUAUUAUUAAAAAG